CCUUCCAGGUCGCUCCACCGACGCGAUGGCCGUCCCGGGCUCACUGGCCGAGUGUGGCUACAUCCGGACCGUGCUGGGCCAGCAGAUCCUGGGUCACCUGGACAGCUCCAGCCUGGCCUUGCCCUCGGAGGCCAGGCUGAGGCUGGCAGGCAGCAGCGGCCGCGGCGACCCGGCGGCCCGGAGCCAGCGGAUCCAGGAGCAGGUGCAGCAGACCCUAGCCCGCCGGGGCCGGAGUUCUGCGGUCGGCGGAAACCUUCACAGAACCAGCAGUGUUCCCGAGUAUGUCUACAAGCUACACUUGGUUGAGAAUGACUUUGUUGGAAGGCAGUCACCUGUCACUAGGGACUAUGACAUGCUUAAGGCUGGUGUGACUGCCACUUACGGAAAUCGUUGGGGGAGAGGGACAGCACAGUACAGUUCCCAGAAGUCAGUGGAGGAGAGAUCCUGGAGGCAGCCUCUGAGGAGACUUGAGAUUUCCCCAGAUAGCAGCCCAGAGAGGGCCCACUAUGGGCACAGCGAAUACCAGUAUGCCUGGCGGAGCCAUGUGGUGCCUGGUGGGCGCCUCACCCUGCCACGCUAUGCUCGCUCAGAGAUCCUGGGCCUGCGCCAGGCUGGCACAGCCCGCAGGCCACCUGGGUGCGGGUCACUCAGCGAUGCUGUCUUCGACAGCCCUCUCAACCCUGCGAUUACCACCCACCCUCCUGGCACCAGCCACAGCGCGGGCAGCCUGCUGGAGGAGACCACGGUGCGCGUGAGCCAGGCUCGGCUUCAGGGCACGCAGAGCAGAGCCGCCCGCUCUUCCUGGCCCCGAAGCUCAGUCCGCAGCACCCUGCAAGAGCCAGGAAGGAUGCUGCCCACCGCAGGCCAGGCUGCGAUGGGCAGCGGGGAUGCGCAUGGGGACAGGAGCGCCUUCGCUGGCGCCCAGCUGGGGAAUGCAGACAUAGAGAUGACCUUGGAGCGAGCCGUGAAUAUGCUGGAUGCAGACCAUGUACCAGCGUCCAAGAUCUCUGCCGCAGCUACCUUCAUACAGCAUGAGAGCUUCCAAAAAUCUGAAGCACGAAAAAGGGUCAAUCAACUUCGAGGCAUCCCUAAGCUCCUGCAGCUGCUCAAAGUUCAGAAUGAAGAUGUUCAGCGGGCUGCAUGUGGGGCCUUGAGAAACUUGGUAUUUGAAGACAAUGAUAACAAGCUGGAGGUAGCUGAACUGAAUGGAGUGCCUCGGCUACUGCAGGUGCUGAAGCAAACCAGAGACUUGGAGACAAAAAAGCAAAUAACAGGUUUGCUCUGGAACUUGUCCUCUAGUGAUAAACUCAAGCAUCUCAUGAUAACAGAAGCCUUGCUCGCCUUGACAGAAAGUGUCAUCAUCCCAUUCUCAGGGUGGCCGGAAGGAGACUACCCCAAAGCCAAUGGCUUGCUUGACUUUGAUAUAUUCUACAAUGUCACUGGAUGCCUAAGAAACAUGAGCUCUGCUGGCCCUGAUGGGAGGAAGAUGAUGAGAAGGUGUGAUGGUCUCAUUGACUCAUUGGUCCAUUAUGUCAGAGGAACUAUUGCAGACUACCAGCCAGAUGAUAAGGCCACAGAGAACUGUGUGUGCAUUCUUCAUAACCUCUCCUACCAGCUGGAGGCAGAGCUCCCAGAGAAAUAUUCCCAGAGUAUCUACAUGCAAAACCGGAAUAUCCAGAGUAACAGUAGGAAAAGCGUUGGGUGUUUUGGCAGCCGAAGUAGGAAAGUAAAAGAGCAAUACCAAGACAUGCCGAUCCCAGAGGAAAGGAGCAGUCCCCGUGGCAUUGAGUGGCUGUGGCAUUCCAUUGUGAUAAGGAUGUAUUUGUCCUUAAUUGCCAAGAGUUCCCGAAACUAUACCCAAGAAGCAUCACUGGGGGCUCUCCAGAACCUCACAGCAGGAGGUGGCCCGAUACCCACGUCAGUAGCUCGCAUGGUUGUCCAGAAGGAAAAUGGUCUUCAGCACACCCGGAAGAUGCUGCACAUGGGUGAUCCCAGUGUGAAAAAGACUGCUGUCUCCCUGCUGAGGAAUUUGUCACGGAAUCUUUCUCUGCAGAAUGAAAUUGCUAAAGAAACUCUACCAGAUUUGGUUUCUAUAAUUCCUGACACAGUCCCAAGUACUGACCUUCUCAUUGAAACUACAUCCUCUGCCUGCUAUACAUUGAACAAUUUGAUGCAAAAUAGUUAUCAGAAUGCACGAGACCUUCUGAACACUGGAGGUCUGCAGAAAAUUAUGACCAUCAGCAUAGGGGAAGGCUAUGCCCCCAACAAAGCCAGCAAAGCUGCGUCUGUCCUCCUGUACUCGCUGUGGGCACAUACAGAGCUCCAUAAUGCCUAUAAGAAGGCUCAGUUUAAGAAGACAGACUUUGUCAACAGCCGGACUGCGAAAGCCUACCACUCCCUUAAAGACUGAUGAAGAUGAAGGGAAAACAGAAUCAGGAAUUCCACUUCACAGUUCUCUAUGUAAAAAACAAAAAACAAAAAACAAAAAAAAACAAAAAACAAAAAACAAAAAAAAACCUUCUCCCCAAAACACCUAUUUUUCUACUAACUGACCCAAGAAAUUUCAAAAGCAUGCUUUGUUUAUAUUCUUUUCUAUUUUCAUCCCCCAAAUCUAGAAAAUGAAUAAUCAGACUAUAAUUUUGUUAGGCAUCCUGAAGAUUUCUGUAAGGUUGCACCAGUGUGGAGUCUUUUUACCCUGUGCAGAUGAUGGGCACCACUAUCCAGGCUUAUAGUCUUGCAGACUCGUGUGAGUGCUCAUCGGAGGAGUCCUGAAGAAGAGUAUGUGACUGACAUGUCUAUCCUAGUCACUCAUCUGUAUGCCACUUCCUUAGUGAGCCAGAGUUGUGUGUUCACCAGUUUUGAACAGGACAGAGAUGAAAGAAUAAAGCAUUAAUGGCGAA